AUGAAUUUUCCGGUGGACUCUAGAGUCGACGGCAUCGUGGAGUCGGGCAACGACGACCCUCGUAAAAACCACCGUACUCAUGCUGCUACUGGAGCAUCGGCCGCAGGAACUCGUGCUCUCAGUGCACAGCUGAUAGCAUUUUACUUUCGAGUACCUGUUAAAGCAUUCUUCCGCACUCGCGUUGAUCCGUGGCUUACGAAUGUCGUGCCCAUAGGCUUUCCCCCGAGCAAUAAACCCUCGAGUACGCGAAGACAAAUGGUCGGUCCAUACCACCACGCCCGGCUUGAUCGCCCAUGCUGUGCGCGUUCACGGCUGGAAGUUUCUACCAAAUCAACUUUUGCCUCCUUUACUUGCCAAUACUACUCAUGGCAACUGACGAAGAAGGCAAGUGUCGGUGCCAUCCUCUACACAUCCUAUCUACAAGUUUUAGGCGCCCUUCAUCCCCCGGCGAAGGAAGGGAAUGCAAAAAUCUAUCCGCCAGCACCUCCCACUAGUACCUUCGCAGCAGGAUUCACGGCUGGAGCCAUACAGUCACUGAUCGCAGCCCCGCUCGAUGCUCUACAAGUUCGAUUACACACGAGUGGUGUAUUGGAAGGGCAGUACCAGAACAUGUGGGAAUAUGGAUGGAAGAAACUCGGCGAGAUUGGCGUCCGUGGGAUAUUUGCAGGAUGGUCGCUCUCCUUUAUGCGAGACUCCUUUGGGUAUGCUGCCUUUUUCUCCUCAUUUGAAUAUGUUAAAUCGCAGGCAUAUUAUUCGUACGUCACCUGGUACUACGGGAGCAUACACGGCAAAGACCUUUCCAAGAUGACUACUCUUCGAGAGUACGAAAAGGCCACCAUCAAGCCACACUAUGCUCUGGAACCGUGCUUUUUACUAAGCGCGGGCAUUGCGGCGUCUCUGACGCAGCAAGUUAUCCAGUAUCCCCUCGGAAUCAUUCAGAAUCUACACUAUGGGCGGUUAGAGUACCUUGAUCAUCAAGCUAGCCUGCGUCAUUCUCGUCCUCAGAUGAUGAGACACUACUACCAUGCAUAUCAAGAAACCUUCAAGCGGUGCCGGAAACGAGCCAGCAGAAGCGGAGGCUGGGUGCGGUGGCUCUACCAAGGGUUUCUACGCAAUAGCCUCCGUCAGGUGCCGAGCACCAGUGCUGGUCUUGUGAUUUUCGAGCUCAUGAGGAGGAAAUAUGCUAGUGCUGAUGAUACGGUGCUGAUUGAAAAGGACGGCUUUAAUAUUCUUUUGACCAAAUAG